UUUCUCUGCUGAACGCAGCCAUUCAUUUGCCCAGAGAUUUUAGAUGAUUUCAGGGAGUGAAACGUGAAACCAUUGUUCUUAUUUAUACAUGAGACUGAGGUCGAGAAGACAGAGGUCAGUGAGCACUGGUGACUGGAGUACUGUGAGCAAUAGCAACGUUUGGAAACGGGAAAUCUAAAAAGUAGCCAAGCAUAAGACAUAUUGAUGGCAUUGUUCUUGAAGCGCGAUGAUAUAAAGCAAGUGCCAUGGUUUUCUCUAUCGGAAUGGCAUGAUGUAUAUAGACAAAUUUACUCCAACGAUGUGAUCGAGCAAACGAAAGCAUACGAAGCACUCUUAGCAUGGAAAGCCAGGAUACCGAAAUUACCAGUGGGCGUGGACUGUACCUUAACGAUUUUGCAAGUAUGCCUUCGUGAUCGUGAAUGGACAUCCAAGAUUGACAGUGGCGAGCUGCCAAUGUACUGCGAGAAUGAUUUGAGUUUGAUGUACUCGACCACAAUCAUGAGAUUUCUGAAUCAUUUUUGCAAUAUAGGACACACGAAACAGACAUCCUUAUUUCAGAUUGCCAAGCAACUCAAAAUUCCAGAGUGGAUAGUUAAUUUAAGGCAUCAAGCUGCUCAUGGAUACGAAUUACCUUCUAUUGGAGUAUUAAGGAUAGCGAUUAAUGUAUUACUCCAUUGGUUACACGAUGAAUAUUGGGCAGCAGAAGCAUGCGCGAUAGAAAAAUGUUAUACGAAAGAAGCUAAUAUGUUAGAAGAAAAAGAAGAGCUUGAAGAGAUACGGGCCUUUACAGAUUUAAUCGAACUUUGGACAGCUGUUAGUUUAUAUAUUGAUGCUGGUUAUAAAUCAGUGUCAAAUUUACCAGAGGUACAAUUACGGGAAAUAUUACAAGAUUUACGGACGUAUAUGUUGUCCCAAUAUUGUAGUAAAAUUUUAGAAAAUGAUGAGAACGAAUAUAUAUCCAUUCAUGGAAAAACUAUAAAAAUUGAUAAGGAAUAUAAUUUAAAAGCUGCACAAGCUCUACUUUUGUCUGAAAUAUCUAUACAUUUGACUGAAAAUAAAUCUUUAAUCACAAUACAUAAGAAAAGCGACAUAAUUUGUAAUGUGUUGCUUAAGAAUGAAGCUUUUUUACCAAAUUCAGAUAUUAUGCAAGUUUUUCAACAAAAAGGAAGAAAGAAUGUUGAUUUGAGAAGAAAAAUUUUGCCGUCUGGUAUGCUUCGAUUUUGGAAAGAUAUCAUUUUCUUACUGCAUAAUAAAAAGAUAUUAGACAUACUGAUAUUUAAGCUGCUCAGUAUUGUAAAUCAAGAACAAGAAAGUAAGGGAAAAAGAACUCUAGCUACCUUAUGGAUAAGCUCUAUUGUCUACAGUUUUAUUCAAUUAGAUCUGGCUCAAAAUAUUUCUCGUACUAUGGAGUAUAAAUCUACAGAGGGCACAAAAAUAGCCGCAAAAUCAGCUCUAAGUCAGCAUCUCAAAGAACUUGUACAUCAUGAUCAUCCAUAUUUGCGAAAUGUUUUGUGGUUGAAUAUAUCAAGCACUGUACCAUAUUUUCUUGUUGAUAUAAAUUUUUUAUCAAAACUUUUAUUACACGUAAAUGAAUUCUCUGCAAGACUGAUAGAACCAAUUUUAAAAUUUGUUUCACUGAGAAUAAAUGUGCAGGCGAAAAAACAUUUGUUAAAUUUACUUAAAAUUUAUACAUUUCAAAAGUAUAAUGAUGAAGAUAACAAGAAUGAUAUCUAUAAACGGAAGGUAUUUACUGUUGAAGAUUUUGAUGUAAGUUUAACAAAAAAUAAAGUAAAAAUAGACAAGAAAGAGGGUACAACUAAAAAGAAAACUGCUUAUUUAUUAACUGAUCAAAUAAUCCGCAAUUUACAUUGGAAAUCAGCAUCUGAUACUCUUCUCUCUUAUCAAUGGGUCGAGAGCCCUAUUGGAUUACUGCCAUGGCAGAUGGAUUCAUUAAAGAGUUUAAAACCACUUGAAAUUAAUCCAUCAAAACAUUUCGUUUCAAUUCUAGACUCGCAAAUAAUCGCCGGCGUUGUAAAUCGUAAAAAUUUGAAAAUGCAAAGCCGUAUUAAGUGGGAAAAUAUAUUGCGAAAAAAAAGGAGAAUAGAGAGAAAACGUCAUAAGAAUAUCGCAGAUGUUAUAAUGAAUAGAGCAUUAGAAAUCGCCAAAAAAACAGACACAAUGUGAACGCGUAAACAUUUUAUAAUAGAAUAUUAUCAUUAUCACAAAUUGUUUGCAUUCCAACAAAUAUAUAAGUUAAUGUAUAUACGCUUAUAAUAAAAUUGAUUAAAAAAUAAA